AUUGUUAUGUAAAUGGAAUUGGAAUUAAACCAAAUAAGAAAAAAGGAAUUGAAUUAUAUAAUGAAGCAACGGAGGAAGGAAUUAGUGAUACAAUGUUCAAUCAUAGAUCGUUUUAUGAAAGCAAAGAAGAGAUAAUAAAGAAUUUAAAUGAGGUCAAAUACUGGUAUCAAAAGUCAGUAGAAAAUGAUGGUGGUAUAGCAUUAUAUAGAUUAGGGAAAUUUUAUGAAUUAGGAAAAUCUGUCAAAAAAAAUGAAAUUAGAGCGUUCAACUAUUAUAAACAAGCAGUUGAAAGAGGAUGUAUAGAUGGAAAAUAUAAACUGGGAUAUUAUUUUUUUCACGGAAUCAUAGUUGAUAUUGAUGAAGUAAAGGCCUAUAAUCUAUAUAAAGAAGCAGCCGUAGGGGGAAACGUUGAUGCACAAAGAUGUAUUACAUUGUUUUAUAAACAGAUUGAGGAAUAGAGAAAACAAUAAUUUUAAUCAUUUUUAUAAAAAAAAAUUUAGAUAAUAUAAUAGAUGUUUUUAGAAUU